AUGGAUGAGGCUUUGCUAGGCACGGGCAGUGAAUCUCCCCCCCUUUCCAACUUUGUACUCUUUUACUUAAUUCAGCAUGUUCUCCUCCUCCUUCCCCCUCUGCAGAGUGUGCUCGCAUACAGCAAGGAAGGCCGCACCGCCCUGGCGGCCCAGUCUGGAUACCGGAAGGCUGCCGGGUACCGCUUCGAUAUCCACGAAGCGAUUGCCACGGCAUCUCCUUAUGCAGCCGCAAUGCUGGCAUAUGCAGUCGAUUUUGUGUAUCACCAAGGCGUUCUCUGCUAUCGCGUUGGGCAUGAAGUUCGCCUGCUUAAUGUGCAUCGUGGAGCCCGCAAGGAGCAGGUUUUAAAUCUAUACGAGGUCAUUCCGCGGCUAUACACUGGCUUGCCGGAGAUGCUUGACCCCGCUGGAAGGGUCAGGAUUCUCCACUACAGCCACGGUAUUGUUGUGUUUCGGUUAGAGGGUAUCGGUGCACAGGCGGACUCGUUGGUUGCUAUUGAUAUGACCCCACGGCAGAGUCGCCGGAAGCGACGACUACUCUUACAAAAUCCGAGUUCAUUAUCAGCCCCAAUAGUCGUGCGGCAUAGUCGCUCAUAUCUCUGGUAUGGUGUCCUUAUAGAGGCUCCCGGCUCCCAGGGAGCCUGGCUAUGUCGCGGGGUGGACCUAGCCACCGAUGAAACGAUCGAGUUUCAUCUAGAUCGGGCAGACCAUCUCUAUACCGUCUCUACACAGAUUGUGUCGGAGGAUGAUGAGCGAUUCUCUUCAUUCUAUCACUGGUCCUGCCAUGCGCCCCGGAACCAGAGUCGGAGAUGGACCGGCCCACUCUGGCGUCGAGAGCAUCGCGAAGGUCCCAUCCACGAGAUGUGGACGGAUCUGUCUCUCCGUAAGGAUGGAACCACAGGCUGCCUCAUGAUUGUCGAAUCUCACCGUGAAUGGCCCGACGGGAAAAAUGAAAAUCACCGUACACCUUAUAUCAAACCCCUACCCACCCCCGCAGAAUUACAAGCUGCCCAUCCAGAAGGAAAUACCAAAGCUCCCUCACGGGGCAACAACUCCAACAAUGAAGAGGCAGGACCGAGUAAAGAUCCGGUCGUCGACUAG